AUGGCGGAGCUUGAAUUCCUCUGCGGCUCUCAAGCGGAGGAAGAAGAAGACGAAGAGCGAGAGGAGGAGGAAGAAGGAGAAUUGAAAAGAUUGAGCUACGACAAUGAUCAGCAGCAGCAGCAGCCCUUUAAUCCAAGAGCAUGGUUCGACAUUCUCAAGCACCGCCUCUCCUCCUCCACCACCGCCAAAAGAAACCGCGACUCGGCUACCGCGGCGGCAGACGGCGGCAGGCAAUUGUGGACCAACGAAAUCAUAAAGCUGGCAGGGGCGAGGAUCAUACAAUCGAGAUCGUCAAUGCAGGGGAUUGAUGUCCCUUCAAUGCUCAACAACCCGUUUCACAUUUUCCCCCCUGCUUCCGACGACGGCGGCCUUACGCCGGAAGAAGCCAAGAACGUGGAGUUAAUGGAGUACCUGCUCGCCUGCGCCGAGAAAGUCGGGAAACAGAGCUUCGACCGCGCCGCCGGCCUUCUCAGCAUCUGCGAUCGUCUGGCUUCAAAAACCGGCAACCCGGUUCAGCGGGUCGGGUACUACUUCUGCAACGCCCUCCGCCAGAGGAUUGAAGGUCGAGAAAUUAACGCCGGCGGAAAAUAUGGGAAGCCAUUCGCUUCCGACACGGCGGUGACGCUGCCGGACAAGAACGCUCUGGAGUUCCGAAACAGGGUGCCCUUCUACAACGCGUCCCAGCUCGCCGCCGUCCAGAUCAUGGUGGAGAACGUCGCCGGGGAGAAGCGGAUCCACUUGAUCGAGCUCCGGAUGGGAUCGGGCCUCCCCGCGAUCGCCCUGAUGCAGGCCCUGUCGGGCCGGCCCGACCCGAUCGAGCUGCUCCGGAUCACCGCCCUGGCGAACGACGCGGCGGAGGAGCAGUUCAUGGAAGCGUCGACGGGGCGGCGGCUGGCGGAUUUCGCCCGGGGGAUGGGCCUACCUUUUUCUUUCAACGUGGUCCGGUUCUGCACGUUCCCCUCGGGGGCCCACAAGGACCAGCUGGACCUCGAGCCCAACGAGGCCGCGGUGGUGCUCUCCGAGUUCGCGCUCGGCCCAAUGAUCGGGAGGCCCAAGAGGCUGGAGGCGAUGAUGAAGGUGAUCCGGACCAUCCGCCCGCGCGUGAUGGUGGUGAUCGAGACGGAGGCGAAUCACAACGCCCCCGAUUUCGGCCACCGGUUCGUCGAGACGUUGUUCACCGUCGGCGGGUAUUUUGACUGCCUGGCGACGUGUAUGGAAAGGAACGAGGAGGCGAGGGCGGCGGUGGAGUCGUGGUAUUUGAACGACCGGAUUCAAAACGUUUUGGUGGCGGAAGGGGAGGAGAGGAUUAUUCGGGAUGUGAAGAUUAGGGUUUGGAGGAAAUACUUUGCAAGGUUUGGGAUGCUGGAGAUUCCAGUAAGAGGGAUGGCUUUGCAGCAUGCGAAUUUGGUGAUUCGCCGGUCGCCGUACGCGGGCUCGUGCUUGGUGGCGUUGGAUUACAAGAGCUUGAUGAUUGGGUGGAAGGAUGUGCCGUUGCUGUUUGUUUCUGCCUGGAAAUUCAUGAAGGCAAUACCGCACUAA